AUGGGAAAGGGGAAUAGAGAGAAGCAAUUGGUGGCGUUUCCGAUGUCGGAGCUUCCGGAGAAUCUGUUCGAAGACAUUCUCACCCGACUACAGGUGAAAGAUCUGCUGCGUUCGAGGUGCGUUUCGAAGCAAUGGUGUGCCCUAAUUGACUCACCUAUCUUCAUCAAAUUGCAACUCAACCGAUCACUUGAAACUGUAAAGAAUUUGUGUUUGAUUUUUGUAUUAGGUAAUAGAAUAAUUUCAGUAGACGUAGGUAUACUUGAUGUUGUACCACCUUUAGACGUUGAAGAGGUCGAUAACCCCAUUAAAUAUGAUUGCCAUUCGACUUUUAUACAAGGUUCGUGCAAUGGUUUGAUCUGUUUGCAAUGGCAUCCUUUGGGUCCUAAUUUCUACGGGGACGCCAUUGCCUUGUUCAAUCCUUGGACCAAGGAGUACAGGAUUUUACCUCCAGUGCCACCUCACAAGAGGGGUGUCAAGAAAUAUCAUGGAAUAGUGUAUGAUCCUGUGGGUGAUGAUUAUAAGGUGGUUAGAAUUGUGCAGUUCGUUGAUGAAUCUAAAACCCUCUUCAAGUGA